CUCAACCUCUUGUAAGCCAACCCCAAACCUCCACCUCCAACACCAUGGUCAGCUCCUGUUGUGGCUCUGUCAGCUCUGAGGAGGGCUGUGGCCAAGGCUGCUGCCAGCCUAGCUGCUGCCAGCCCACCUGCUGCAGGACCACCUGCUGCCGCCCCAGCUGCUGUGUGUCCAGCUGCUGCAGGCCCCAGUGUUGUCAGUCUGUGUGCUGCCAGCCCAGCUGCUGCCAGACCACCUGCUGCAGGACCACCUGCUGCCGCCCCAGCUGCUGUGUGUCCAGCUGCUGCAGACCCAGCUGCUGCAGACCCCAGUGCUGUCAGUCUAUGUGCUGCCAGCCCACUUGCUGCCACCCCACCUGCUGUAGACCCAGCUGCUGUGUGUCCAGCUGCUGCAGACCCAGCUGCUGCAGGCCCCAGUGCUGUCAGUCUGUGUGCUGCCAGCCCACCUGCUGCCGCCCCAGCUGCUGUAUUUCCAGCUGCUGUCAGCCCUCUUGUGGUGGUUCCAGCUGCUGUGGCUCCAGCUGCUGCCGCCCCUGCUGCCGCCCCUGCUGCUGCCUGCGUCCAGUCUGUGGUCAGGUUGGCUGCCACACUACUUGCUACCGCCCCACCUGUGUCAUCUCCACCUGUCCCCGCCCCAUGUGCUGUGCCACCCCCUGCUGCUAAAUUUUCUCUUUGAAUACACCAUUUUUCUCCUCAGUCUCUACAGAUGAAGUCUGUCCUUCUAGAAAAUGUGUAGUGUUCUAGGAACUUGAUAUCCAGAGUCCCAGAAGUCAGUCUCAUUUGCAUUUUUUCUGUGUGCACAUUCUGACUUCUGUCCAAAGUUCUUCCUCUUAGAAUUAAUUUAUCAAAAACUUCCCAAUACCUUAGCAAGUCUCCCUCAACAUGUCUCACCUUGUACUUUUAUCUAUUAUUCAUGCUGGAGGAAUUUAAAUCAUCCCUGGCACUUGUAGAUGUGCACACAUUUUAACCCUUCUGAAUAAAAAUCCAAUAAAGUGUCUUUUAUAGCCUUUGCAAAUGUUUUCAUGCUUUGCUACUUCUGUGUAACAAAAAUAAAUAUCCAACACAUGGAUGCU